AUGGAGCAAACUCUUAAGGUAGGUGGAGAUCUGUAUCUAGAUAGCAACUUACUGGAACCGAAAUUAAAAGACGAAUUAGUAAGUAAAUCAGAAGACUUUGCAGCUAUUUCCAAUUAUAUUGGCGAAUCUCUCAACUCUGGGCAAAUAUAUUACCCAGAAGAUAACCCUAUACUUCUGAAUAAGCUCAAUGAGCUAUUGGAGAAGAAAGAAGAUAUACUAGAAUCAACCCAUAUGCUAGGAAAUAUAUUAGAAUGGUAUUUUGGCUCAAUUACAGUCUCUCUAAAUGAUAUAACUCCAGAUAUAGCAGAUGCCGAAAAUGUAUUUGUCCAUGCAGAAGGUUUGCUACUAAAUCUCUACUAUACUUUUGAUGGAUGCUCAUGCUCUUAUUCUUCUUCUCCCCAGACUCUACCAUAUAUCUACCUAGUCGAGAGGUUCAUAAGUUUUAUGCUUGAAGCAGGAACUAAACAAAUUGUAUUAGUAUUUCUGGACUGCUUUAGAGUAUAUCUUGAAAAUAUCAACCCUGGUUUAUUGAUUGUACGUGAGAUAUUAUUACUACAUGCCAAGCUUAAUCCAAAUAUCUUUACAUAUUCCCACUUUAUUCACUGGGUUAGUAAGGAGUUCCAGACAUAUAUGAACAAUCUUGAAUCAACAACUUUCUUUAUUGAAGACGGAAGUUCAAUUACUCAGGAAUAUAUUGAUGAUGAAACUCCUAUUUCACUGAAAACAGCACUUUUAUCCUUUGGUCUAGAUAUUCUAAGCUACUCUAAUGUAACACUAUUUUAUAAAAUUCAAAGAAAGGGUCAAAAAAUUAUUGCGCUCUCUUAUUCUUCAACUAUAACUCAACUAUUUGUAGAAUUAUCUAGAGAAGUCAUUUUAAAGAAUAUUUUGGAUAAGCCUUUACAGGAACCUGAAUACUGCAAAGAUCAUGAAUACAACUGUGCUAAUGAAAUAAUUGGUAAUAAAGGAGAUGAAACCAUUAAUAUCUCUCAAUUACUUAUACAUGCUUUUAUAAAGAAUUCAAUAACAACUGAAGAUAUAUUAAGAUCAUCUAGUGAUGAAGAUACACUUCAUAAUAUAGAAUUGAUAAAUUUUUUUGGGAAGAUAUUGUUAAUUUCUUUUUACUUGAAGAAUUAUGUCAUAAAGCUACUUGAUCGCUCUAAAAUUGCAGCAAUAUGCUAUAGACACAAGAAAAGUAGAGACUGGGAAUUUCUUAAUGAACCAUGCAAGUCUCUAGAAUACCUAUAUUUCUCUGAAACAAUUAAACAACUAAUAACUAUUCAAUUAAAUGAUUUUACAGGAAAUUUAAGACGUAUAAAUUGUGCAGACAUAUGCGAUCUAUAUGAUCCAACUUUGAUGGAAUUUAUAUUUUUACUUAUUGGUGAGAUGAGCUUAGUUAAAAAUAAUAAAUUGGGUGUUACAGCAGAAGCUCUAGGUUUCUCAGAGAAUCAAACUAUAGAAAUGGAAAAUUUCUGGUCUGAAGUUAAUGGCAAUUCGUCCUCUUUAUUUCCCAUUGUGUUAGAUGGGAUCCUGUCAUCUUAUACUGAGAAUGUUGACUUGUCCAUUCAAGAAGCAAUAAAUUCGGACAUAUAUACUGGAGGGAGACCAACAUUACUUCCAUUACGUUCGAAAUUUGUUAAUAGAGUUAUGUCAGAACUAGGAGUCCGAAUAUCAGAUUUAGGACAGCUGGAUAGUACGGGUAUUGAUACGAAGAAUAUACCUUCAAAAGAAACUGUCUUAUAUUUAGAAGAUGUCAUGGGGAUUGUUGGAAUUAGAGAUGUCGCACUUUGGGAAAUAGAACGUCCCCAAGAAACACGCCCAACAUAUAGGUUUGAUAAUGUUUGUAUAUCUGGACUAUCAGCUGAACUUCAGAGAAAAAGGAAGCUUAGAGAUAAUCAACGUAAUCAACAAUUUUGGUUUGAUCUGGGACAAUUACUGACUGGUAAUGAGAGAUUUCACCAGGCAAUAGUCGUGAAUCCUUUUCAUGUAUGGAAUACUUGUAACGAAUUAUCUCCUAACAAAGUAACUAAUAACUCUCUAUCUUCAAAAGCUGAAGAGAUAAGACGAAAGAAUGAGCAGGCAAAGUCACAAAAGAUGCAACAGGAUGAUGACAAUCAACUGAAGCAAUAUGAGAUUAGACUGAAUCAAAUACUAGCAAAGGGAGAUCCUGACUCAUUUAUGCUAGCAGUUUAUGAUAUGUUGAUUGGCCUACCGAGAAGAACUAAUGAAUUUAAUAGAUUUAAAGCCUUGUCACGUUCAUUCAAGCUACCAAAAUCGCGAUGUAAAAUACUAAUUAAGACAAUUCAAACGUGUAUGUCUGUAAUACGUAGUUUUAAAUGCAGUACCUUACCUGAUGCUAAUCAUCUGGUGAGUGCAAGAUCGGCAAUAUGUAUGACAUUUAGGAUUAUUAUUGAGACCUUUAGUCAGUACUAUGAUAUCAUUGAUAAGAAUGACUUUGGUGAAAUGAUUAAGGCUCUAUUACAGAUAGGAUUUACAACUUCAGCAAGAAAUAUGAUCACUUUAUACAAAUAUAAGAUGCAAGAGAAAAACAAUAUAGAAUUAAGUAAUAAAAAAACAAAGGAAAGUAGUAAAACCGAAACAGCUAAUAAGAAAGGUAAACAAAACAACACAAAUAAUAGGAAAAGAAAUAAAAACAAAACUGAGGAGAAUAUAGCUGAAGAUAGAGAUGGAUAUUUAAGAGAGGUUGAGAAAAUGGUAUCUGAAAUGGAGUCAUUGUAUAUAUCACUUCUUAACUCUGGAAGAUAUGACAAGCUUGCACUGCACAUAAAAGAGGGCCUAGAAGCCGCCUUUCAGCUAAGAUAUAUGGGAGCAGACUUUGAACGCUCUACAGGAAGCAUUGUUGAUUCAAGAGUAUUGUUUUUACCCGAUUAUUGGCAAAAAUACAUACUAGAUAUUAUAGAUAAGGGAGAUUCUGCACUAGUAUGUGCACCAACAGCAAGUGGAAAGACAUUUAUUUGUUAUUAUGCAAUGGAACAAGUGCUAAGAUAUGACAAUGAGAGUGUAGUUGUUUUCGUUGCACCAACUAAAGCCCUAGCAGAUCAGGUACAUGCAGAAAUAUCAUAUAGAUUUGGAUCUAAGACAUACCCAAAUCACUCAAAAAUCUCUCUAUUUUGUAAGCUUAGUAGAGACUAUUCCAUUAACAUUCCAACUCAAUGUCAAAUAUUGAUAACACUACCAUAUAUGCUUGAGCUACUCCUAAUGAGUAGUGUAUAUCAGUCAUGGGUAUCGAAAAUUAAGUUUGUUAUCUUUGAUGAAGUUCAUUGUAUUAAUGAAUCAGAAGGAGGUGUCUAUUGGGAACGUAUACUACAACUAAUCCCAUGCCAAUAUUUGUGUCUAUCAGCAACAAUUGGAAAUCCAUAUUCUUUUUAUAAUUGGUUGCAAAAAAUUAAAAAGACACCUAAUAGCCAAGUCCACUUAGUUACAUAUAAUGAACGCUAUGCUGAUCUAUCUACACUGAUAUACCAUCAAGGUGACUUAUAUCCAUUAAAUCCAGUCCUAGCACUGUCAUAUGAAAGAGUAUUGAACUACGAACUACCUGGAGAUUUUUACUUAACACCCGCCGAUUGUCUUGAUUUAUAUUUGGCUAUAAGUGAAAUAAUUAAAAAGGAUGAGCAGAAAGAACCAUUUGAACAAUAUGUAUAUUGGCUAGAUCCAGAUAUAUACUUUAAUGGCACUUUAGCCAUUACAAAGAAGCAAUAUAGAUUCUACUUGGUAACUAUUUUAAAUGUAAUGGUACAACUUGUAAGAAGGCAGGUAAUUACAAAGGAGUCAUGGACAUAUAUAACUAGAAAUUUACUCUUAACACCAAGUUUGACUUAUCAAAGGAAAUUAGUUCAAUUAGCAAAGGAGAGUGGUUGUGAUAUGUAUGAUAUUAUAAUGAAUACUGGUAAUAAUGGUGUACUUAGGAGCUAUAGUAACGAAACAAAUAGUGAUCUCUUCAAUAGCAAAGAGUUUAUUGAUAAUAUUAGAAAGAGUGAGGAGGUCUUAGUAUACUCUCAACGGCUACCCUCUGCAUACAAAUUAGCAGAUGAAUUUUUGGAAAUGAUUCGCAAAUUACAAAGUGAAAAUUUAUUGCCAUGUAUUAUAUUCAAUAUGGAACGGAGUGUUGUAGAACAUUUAGGACAGAGCUUAAUUGGAAAACUUGAGAAGGAUCAUCACUAUAAAUACUGUGGUACAAAAGAAGCUAUGCAAAUGACUAAAACUAUUAAUCGUCGUCGAUAUGAACAAUACUUGAAAGAUAUUCAAAGACGUGACAUGUUAUUGAAACUAAAAACAAUGAGUAGACAACAACGCGAAAGACAAGGAAUUAUAAUUGAUGAAAGUGAAUUACAGUCUUUAGAGAAUCUAAAAGAACCUAUCGAUAUCUCAGAAGAAUAUGAUGCAGAGUUCUUCUUAUGUGAUAGAAAAGUUAUGGGAGGUAGGGAACGCGAAAUCCAGGACUUGAUUAGCUCAUGCGAAGGAAAAGUAUCACCAAUAUUUAUAGAGGGUUUAAGACGUGGUAUUGGAAUUCAUCAUGAUGGCUUGAGCUUACGUUAUAGACGUGCUGUGGAUACUUUAUAUCGCAUUGGAUAUCUACUUAUAAUUAUAUCAACAAGGACUUUAGCACUUGGAGUAAAUAUGCCCUGUCGAACAGCAGUGUUUGUGAAUGACUCUAUAACACUAACUCCACUAUUAUAUCGCCAAGCUUCAGGUAGAGCAGGUCGUCGUGGGUAUGAUAUCCAAGGAAAUAUCAUUUUCUGGGAUAUAUCUGCAAGAAAACGCAAUCGAUUACUAACAUCUGAGUUACCCACAUUAACAGGAAAUUUCCCAGUUACACCAACAACUGUUUUGCGUACAUUUAUGCUAUUUAAUAACAUAUUAAACGAACAAAGUAGACAAAAUAUAACAAAAGAACGUGCAAUAAUCUCACUUAAGGCUCUGGUAAAGUUCUUUAAGGAUCCACUAUACUCAGUUGGACACUUUCAAGAAUUUCAUAAUAAACUUAUAGCUUCUCAAUUUAGAUUUACAGUGGAUUUUCUACAGCGAUCACAAGUCUUAAAUGCACAUGGGAUAUGUACUGGUUACUCGGGUAUCAUUUCUCAUAUGUUUGAAUUUGAAGGAACAAAUUUACUACUGGUUAAACUUAUUCAAUCAGGGAUAAUAUUUAAGUACUUGUUUGAGGGAUCUACUGAACAAUAUUCUGCAGAGAAUACAGAUUCAAUAUUGAAAUCUGGUAAGCUUCUGCUAACUUCCAAUCCAGUGCAACGCUUACUCUUACUACUAGCUCACAUUUCAAUAUGUAAACCAAUGACUAAAAAUUGCCUUCAUCAUAUACGCAAUCAACUAAUGAAUUCUUCAUCGAGUAAUCUGAGGGACCAGCUUUAUGGAGGUAAGAUUCAGCCAUUAUUACUAACACUACCAAAAUAUGUACAAAGUUGUAUCGACGAAUAUAAUAAUUCAUUAUUUGAGAGUACAAAAAACUCCCUUAUUACUGCCUGUACUGACAUGGAUUAUGAAGAAUAUGAGUAUAAAUUACCUCUAUCUAACUACUAUCUGAGAAGUAAUUCAGAUAUCAAUGAUGGGUCGAUACUACAAAGAUUCCUUAACAGCUUUGGGAGUGCUAAUUCAAAUAUAUGCAUUCAAACUCCCUUUAUGUCUUUGCUUGGAUGUAAAGACACUGACAUUAGGUCACCUCAACAACUAAUAUACAGCACUAGACCAAAAUUAAAUUGUACAAGUGAUUUAUUGACAUGUGUAGAUAGUGAUUCCGUAGUAGUCACAACACAAAACAUUUCAGGUAAAUCUUCAUCAUUAAACUCAGAUGUGUACUUGACAGUGACCUUACUUAACUCAUUUCUGGUCGACUUCUAUGAGACUCAGAGAUUUUCAGAAAUUAUCCGCAAGAAUUAUAUUCCUGUAUCUGAAGUCUUCUUCUUAAUACUAGAUUUUAAGGUGUUAUUAGACCGCUUCUUGUAUUCAUUUAAUCUAAUUCAACAAGAUAUGGCUCCUGCUACAACUUCACUUUAUAAGAAUUUGAUAAAUCUCAAUGAAAUUUUGCAAUCUUUAUAUAACACCUAUAGAAUUAUAGCAGCUAAAAAUGAUGCUUAA